GGGGCGGGGGGGACCGGAGCCGGCGAGGCGUGCUCGCCCGAGGCCCCUCCUGCCUGCCGGGGAAGCCUUAAAGCGGCCGGGCGAGCGCGGAGCCCCGCACUCGCAGCCCCGACGCUCGGGCAGACGCGCCUCGCCAGCCCGGAGCCGCUCCGCUGCCGCCGCCAUGCAGGGCACCGUGAGGCUGUGGGUGUCGGUGCUGACUUUCGCGCUGUCGCUGCUGGUCUGCCUGGGGACGCUGGCAGAGGCGUACCCCUCCAAACCGGACAGCCCCGGCGAGGACGCCCCCGCAGAGGACAUGGCCAGAUACUACUCGGCGCUGAGGCACUACAUCAACCUCAUCACCAGGCAGAGAUAUGGAAAGAGAUCAAGCCCAGAUACACUGAUCUCAGACCUCUUGUUGAGGGAAAGCACAGAAAACAUUCCUAGAUCCAGGUUUGAAGACCCCUCGAUGUGGUGAUGAGAUUUUCAGCACACCUUCAAAACUUUUCCUAGUUUUCAGUUCAUACUCCACACCUCUGAAGCAAAUCACAGCAUCAUCCCCAGUGCAUGCAGCCAUUGUACCAAAUUCUGUAGAGUUUCUCUCCUUCAUCAUAUUUGUAUACACCUUUAUUUAAAUAAAUUAUUUGUGCAUUCCAAAAUAUAACAUACUAAAUGAAAACAAGCAACAAUGUCAUUGGUAUAACAAAGCAUUGUUUUAAACUAUUAAAACUGAAUUAUAACUUC